AUGAAGAUCUUCGCCCUCCUCACUCUUGCUGCCACAGCCCUUGCGCAGAAUGCCGGCUUGAACCUCCCUGGGGGUACCAAUCUGACAGCCGGCAGCGACAUUAUUGUCCAAGUCACUCGGGUUAACUCCCUUACGGGAUCUACCGAGCUCGCGGUCGCAAUCGGCCUGCAGACCUGCCCCAAGGGCAACUGCAUCCCUGCCGACGAGAUGCUCGGUACUGCUCAACUCUACCAUGGUGAUUUUAACCCGCAGUUCCACGAGGACUAUCCCUCGCCGUACGAGAACUUCACGGUGACGAUCCCCGCGUCUACUCCAAAGGGAAAGGCGGUCGUUGCCGUUGCGCACGCGGCUCUGGUUGGGGCGUCGAAUGAACCGCUCUUUGAGGUUCUGAACUCGACUGUCACCAUUGCUUGAAGGACACAUGCAUAGUGUGGAUGCGGGAAGUGUGAGCUGAGGUACUGAGGUUUGAUUUGCGUUGAGCUUUGCGUUGACCUUUUUGUGUCGAUAUUUCUUGAUAGUAUAUAGAAAGAUGGUAGCUUAGACUUUGGUGACUGCUUUGCAAGCUUGCCCUGCUUGGUG